AUGAAAUUAAAUAUCGCUACAACAUGCUUGAUCCUUAUCCUUUCUACCUCUACCGCAAUUGCUGCUCCAUCUCGAAGAGAAUAUUAUGCUAGAUCAAAACAAGUCGGUGAAAUACUUUAUGGUAGAGGUGAAGACCAUGAUUAUAGUAAAGGUGAUAAAGGACACGGUGAUUAUUCUUCUAAAAAGGGUGUAGAUAAAAAGCACGAUGAGGAUAAAGAUGACGAGGAUUACGAAUGCUAUUGCAUUGAAAAAGAUGAAAAGGACGAUUAUUAUUCUUCUAAAAAGGGUGAAGAUAAAAAGCAUGAUAAGGAUAAAGAUGACGACGAUUACGAAUGCUAUUGCUAUGAAAAAGAUGAUAAAGGCAAAGGUCAUGACGAAAAACACGAUAAAGGAUAUGGUCAUGACGGAAAACAUGAUAAAAUCCUCAAAAAGCGUGGUGAGGAUUAUAAAAAAGGCCAUGAAGAAUAUGGUCAUGAUUCCAAAGGAUAUAAAGAUGACAAAAAAGACGAAGACU